AUUGUUUUCUGAAUCAGCUGAUAAGAUAAGAUUAUUUUUAAACAAUUGAAAUAAAUAAUAAGAGUGAAAUUAAAUUGUAAAAAAUGAAUAGCAUAAUUAUGCGAGUGCUUGUAAAGGAAAUUGAUGUUGUUGUAGAGGAAGAACAUCGAACUAGUCAAAGGAUUGCUAGAAGACGGCUGCGGGAUGAAUCUAAUCCUCUUGAGUUACCUCAAUCAUUAUUUCAGAAGUAUUACAGAGUGAAUAAACCGGCAUUUCGGUAUUUACUAGAAAUCUUGACAAGACACUCACAACCAUCAAAAAAGCAAUUUAGAAUUGCACCCAUUAUAAAAUUAAGUGCGAGUUUGCGCUUUUUCGCCGAAGGAGAGUAUCAGACUGGCGUAGGAAAAGAUUCUGACGUCUCAAUAGCCCAGUCAACUUUCUGUAAAGUGCUUGCGGAAGUCAUUAAUAUUUUUGAAACCCAUCUCUGUCCCAUUUGGAUUAAAGUACCAACAACAGAGGAAAAAAGGAUUGCGAUAGCUAAUAGUAAUAGUAAAAUUUUCAAAAAAUCAAAAAUAGCAAAAAAUUUCUAAUGGCAUAAACUGUUUUUGUCUACAACAAAAGUGCAGUGGUUGACAAAAAGAGACCCAAAGAACAAGAUAGACCCAAUCAACAAAAAACAACAAGAGACCCAAAUUUAAAAAAAUUUUGAAAAAAUCAAAUACAAUAAAAAGAUACACAAACUCUUUAGUGUGUGGGUUCGUUCUUAGAUUUUUUUGUCGCUGUAAAUAUAUAAGUUUGUAAUUUCUAUAAUAUAAUUUUCCGACGAGAAGUUUCCUAUUGAAAGUCAGCAUAUUCGGUCCAUA